GCAACAAUAAUUCGUAAUUGCGACCAACGGGCAAGGCGAUUUACGAACACGGCACAAUAGUCAGUCAAAUAUUUUACUGGUGUAAUCCGUCGCCGCAAAAAAUAUCGUCGUCAAUAUUCUCGUAUAUAUUUUUUACUACAAUUUUAAACAACGGACACCAAAGCCAUCGUCGUCGUCGUCGUCGGUUGCCACUUGCUGUACGCCCGGAGCUCUGAUCCGUUAACGUACACCGUCGUUCGCGCACCGCGUACACGUCCGACCGGCGUAGACGUUCACACCCGUCGACGUAUAUUCGCACAGUCUUCUGGGAAACGAGAAAUUGCCACAUCCCUUCGUCAUUAUCAGCGUGACGAAACGGAGAUAAUACGAUUAAGGUAGCGGCGCGCGGUGCGUGUGAAUUUCGAGUACAGGGCAUGUUGUGAAUGUUGUGAUAUUGUUAAUUCGAGUGGUUGGUUGGUGGACGGAUACGGUGUUUUGCUUACGUGAUUAGAUUUUUUUUCUAUUCUCUCCUUCCUGGCGACCAGUAAACCUUGGACUACAUACAUCGUAUUGACGAACCGUGUCAAGUUCGUAUGUCCUGGACGUUUUUCAGGUUUCCGACUCGAAUCCCGGUUUCACAAUGGAACACAGAUACAACUAUUUCCAGCAAAAUCCAAAUUCCCUUGUUAAUGGACAGUCGGCGUUCAACCGACCGUCUGCUGAUGGAAUUCAGUCGACCAAUAAUUACUCUGGAAGCAUACCAUCCACUUCUCCUUCAGAUCAAUCACCAUUUCAUGAGAAAAUGCAUUCAAAUCCUAAUACAGUUCCAUUAAUGAAUAAUCAUUUAUACCAAAUGGAUUCUGCUAAUCAACCACCACGCUCAUCUGGGCCACCUAGGACUAAUGCUAAAGGAAUUUAUGAAAAUGUUCAGUCUUCAAUUCCUAAUGUCUUAAGCCUCACUCAAUCUAAUAACGCUGAAAAUUAUACAAUAAAUCCAGACUUUCAGCUACAACCUCAUCUUACUGCUCUGUUACCACAGCAAUCUAAAAGAGUUCCAGAACUUUAUUCAGUUGGUAAAUAUAAUACUAGUAAAGAAUCCAUAGCAGAAAAUAUGAAUACAAAUUAUUUUUCUUCAAAUAAACCUUAUCCUGAACCCAAAAUUAUUGAGUAUGAUUUGGAAGAAACAUCUACCGAAAGUUCACCACAACAUACUUCUUCAUUAUACUCUGAAAGUACUGAUCAGGAUUCAGAAAGUACACAUCUGAGUAAUGUAUUUCCUAGGCAUAUGUCGAAUAAAAGUACUGAGUGUCAUGUAACAAAGGAAUCAAAAACAAUUUCAACCACAAAUCAAGAGUUUCCUGUGCCUAGCCAAUUUGCCGAUUUCAAUCUCAAAAAGAAUGAUAGUGUUGAUGAUCACCAACAUUCUAUUUUACAUAGUGCUUAUAAUCAAGAAGAUGAUAUCAUUGAAGACAUUCCUUUAUUUGACAAUAUUAUUCCAAAUGAAACAGAACCAGCCUUAGAAAAUCAAGAAAAUCUAGAAUCUCGCUUUAAUGAACAAAGUUCAAACAUGCCGAGAGCUCAAACAUUUGAUUCUUAUGCUACUAAAAAAGAUUUUGAACAGACAAACUUUAACUAUGAAAAUAAACAAGGUUCAUCUUCUUCUGCUUAUAGUAGCAUGGAUAACUAUUUAUCUUAUAAUGUUGAUAAAUCUUCAAAUGCUCAAAAUUCUUCUCAGUUUAAUAAAGGGUUAUAUUUUAAUCAAGCAAAUGCUUUGACUCAACCUAGUUUAUCAAAUAGUUCAAUUUCACAACACUCGCAAAGAAAACCAAUAUUCCCGUAUGGAAAUACCGAACUGUUUAAUCAUCAUGAAAUAUCAUCAAGUAAUCAAAGUUAUAAUGAUAAUUUUAACCAACAAAACAAACAGAUUCGACCCAAUAUUCAAAAAUCAAAUGUACUCCCGGUUGAUUCUUCAUUACAAUACAAUAUUAAUAGUAAUACACAAGAUGAAAUAGUUCUUGAAAAUGAUAGUAUAAAAACUUCAAGUGCUGAUGCAUUAAAAUAUCAAACUAUGAAUUCUUGUCCUAAUAAUUUGUAUAAUCAACAAAAUGAUCAGAGUAUGGAAUCUAUUAGCCAACAAUCAAUGUAUAAUUCUUCAAAACCACCUGUAUCUGAAUUGUUGAAUAAUAGUCAACAGACAGCUAGUAAAGAGUUUAUACCUCAAAAUUCAUCAUUAAUAUCUACUCAGUCUUUAGGUCCUGUGACUUCAGCUACAAUUGUAGCUCCUUUAAGUUCAUUUUCUGUGUCAGAAGCAGAAUUUCAAAAUAAACAAAAUACACAGUAUCAAAAAUCUGAUGAUCAGGCUAGUAAUUUAUUAAAUUUAUCAAAUAAUGCUAAAAAAAGUCCAAUUGAUUUAUUAAAUCAGGACACAACUAAUGCACAAUCUGAGAUUGAUACUAAACUUUCAAAAUCUCCAAUUAGUAACAUACUUGAAAAUCAACAAGAAACAACAGUUGAUCAAACUGAAACCAUAAAUAUGCAUUUCAAUAAAAAUCAACACAAUGAAAUAAAAUCAAUGUCUCCGCCAUCUAUUAAAAAUGUUACUCAAUCUAAUGAUUUCUUUAAUCCAAAAAGUAUGACUUCUCAACUAGAGUCAAAAAAUCAUUUUACACCUCAACAACCUAUAGUUGAUAAUAUAAAAACUUCAUAUGAUCAAUUUUCUAAUAAACUCAAUAAUGUUGGAUCCCAACCAAUUAAUAACCAAAACGUGGCUGUACAACAAUCUGUACCAACUACUGGUCAUAGUGUUAGUCAUUAUUUUGAUUCGUCAAAUGUAAAUAAUAAAUUUGUAUUUAAUCAACAGUCAUCUAAUUUACAAUCUAGUGGUCAAUUACAAAAUAUGCAAAUACAGGAUAAACCCACAGUUUCAAUUAACCCUACUCCAGACAAAUCGAACAAUUGUACAGAAUUUUCUUAUGCGCAAGAUACCUCAAUAAAAUCAUCUUCAAAUCAGCAACCAUUGUUGAUGAAAAAUGAAUUAGAAAUAGUUGAAAACUUAAAAUUAGAUUCUGAUGUGUCAUCAAAGGAAACUUUACAUUCUUCAGAAUCUCAUUUGGCUCAAUCAAAUAAUUUGAAUUUUAAGUCAUCAGUAAAUGCUGAGAUUGUGACACCUAAUGAUCAAUUUUCCAACAUGGCCAUUGGUAAGCAACAAAAUAUAUCUGAUAAUAAAAUACAUAUUCAGGAACAAUCAAUGCCUACCUCUUAUUUUUCAAAAGACUUAUCCCUUGAUAAAGAAGAAAAUUCUAUUCCAUUUAAAAACUUUUCUACAACAUUUCAAGACAAUAAUAGUUCAGUGCCUAAAUUAGAAGUCAUUGACAAUUCUCAAUUGUUACAAAAUAAACAAACAAAUUUAGUGUCUUUAAAUUCAGAUUUACCAACAAACCAUGAGGUUUCUCCAUUAUCACUAAGUAAUCAAAUUAUAUCAGAUAAUAAGGAGAGUCAACAAGAAGCUAACCAAUUUCCUCAACAACAUUUUAGUAAUAAAGUAACAUCAAAUGAAAUUUUAUCAUCAUCCAAUCAGUUACCUCCACAAAUAUAUAACAACCAAGCAAAGUUAAAUACCAUACAGCCUCUUCAGUCAGGGUUAAAUCCAUAUACAACACAACCUUUUAAUAAUCAAUCAACAUUAAAUACUGUUUCUUCAGCAUCUAAUCAGUUACCACCAAAAAUGUUUGAUAAUCAACCAAAACCAGAUAUUUUACAGCCUCUUCAGUCUGCAUCAAAUUCGUAUACAACACAACAAUUUGAUAAUCAACAAACCCCAACGACAAUUCCAUCAGUGUCAAAUCAAUUACCACCACAAAUGUUCAGUAAUCAACCAAAACCAGAUAUUAAACAGCCUCUACAGUUGGGGUUAAAUCCGUAUACAACACAACCAUUUAAUAAUCAACCUACAUUAAAUACUGUUUCUUCAGCAUCUAAUCAGUUACCACCAAAAAUGUUUGAUAAUCAACCAAAACCAGAUAUUUUACAGCCUCUUCAGUCUGCAUCAAAUCCGUAUACAACACAACAAUUUGAUAAUCAACAAACCCCAACGACAAUUCCAUCAGUGUCAAAUCAAUUUCCAUCACAAAUGCUUAAUAACCAACAAACAUCUAAUAGUGUAUCACCGUCUCAAUUUGCAUCAAGUUCUUCAUAUCCAACAUCAACUGCUUCAACAGCCACUAAUCAAUUUCCACCAACAUUAUUUAGUAAUCAAUCAACAUCAAAUACCAUACAGCCUCUUCAAUCUGCAUCAAAUUUAUAUCCAACACAAGCGUUUAGUAACCAGUCAAAACCAGUCACUGUUCCAUCAUCAGAUAUUAACCAAUUUCCUCCGCAAAUUAUUGAUAAUCAAUCAAAAUCAAUGGUUAUGCCACAAACCGCAGCAAAGACGUUUGUAAACCAAUCCACACCAAGUACAGCAUGGCCUUCUUCAUCAACUACCAAUCAAUAUCAACCACAAAUAUUUAAUAGUCAAAUUAAAUCAGACGUCUCUUCUAUUCAAACAUUGCCUAGUCAGUAUGCAUCACAACCAUUCAAUAACAAGACAAUAUCUAAUAUGAUUCCACCUGUUCCUUCAGCAACAAGUCAGUUACCUUCACAAAUCUUAAGUAAUCAAACUAAAUCAAAUGUUGGUCUUAUUCAAUCAACAACUGGUCAGUAUCCAUUCCAACCAUUUAAUAACCAACAUGCACCAACUACUGUUUCAUCAUCUGUUAACCCGUUACCAACACAGUUGUUCAGUAAUCAACCUAAAUCAAAUGUUGUCACUCCUCUUCAAACAACAUCAAACCAAUAUAAUUUAAAAGCAUAUAAUAACCAACAAGCAUCAAAUUCUAUUCCAUCAGUUUCAUCUACUGCAAAUCAGUUUCCUUCUCAAAUACUUACCAAUCAGCCAAAAUUAGAUGGUGGUUUGUCAAAUAAACUAAUAGCUAGUCAAUAUCAGUCUCAACCACUAAUUAAUCAAUCUUCAAUGGGUGCUCCACCACUUCAACAAGCAAGUAAUCAGUAUCCAUCACAGCCGUUUAGUCAUCAAUCCAAACCAAACAAUUUUCCAACUUCUCAAACAGUCAAAAAUCAAUAUCCUUCACAACCAUUUACUAAACAACCAGGUCAACAAGUAUUACCAAAACAAAAUCUACAACAGUCUUCAAGUAAUCAGUUUGUUAACCAACCAAAUUCAAUUCAACAAGUCCAAAAUCAGUGGCCACCUGCUAAUUUUUCAAGCCAAACUACUAACUUAAUAUCUUCACAGCCAAUAACCAUGAACUCAUCUUCUAAUUUAUCUACUAUGCCUCCCAAUGUUAAUCAACAAAGUCAAAUGCUUGGUACUCAUAUGUUGCCACCAAAUCCAUUGUCUUCUAAUAAUUUAUACAAUCAAGUUGAAGGAAUUGGAAAUGUCCAACAGCUUCAGUCUUCAAAUUAUAAUGUACAGUUAGCAUCCAAAGGAUAUCCACCACAAAAUAACAUGGGUUUUUCUAGUCAAACUAAUUAUCAACAACCAAAUGCUCUUCAUAGACAACAAGGAUUUCAUAAUCAACAACAAGACCAAUAUAGACCAGAACAGAAUCCUUCAGUUGUACAACAAGGAUUUUCUAAGACAUGGGGAUAUGACAAUUUGGACUUAUUAAAAUCAAGGGAUGUACUGCCAGGUGACGGAGUUCAUCCACCAGAGAUAAAACUUCCUCAAGGAUAUGCUAACUGUGAUAACUGUUCUCCAGAUAUUUUCCGAUGUACAUUAAAUAAGUUUCCAGCUUCAAAAAAUUUAUUAGACAAAAGUCGAUUGCCAUUAGGGAUUUUAAUACAUCCUUAUAAAGAUCUUUCACGUUUAACUGUGAUACAAUGUGAAACUAUUACAAGAUGUCGAAAUUGUCGUUCUUAUAUAAAUCCAUUUGUUCAAUUUAUUGAUAAUGCCCAUUGGAAAUGUAACUUGUGUUACAGAGUAAAUGAAUUGCCUGGGGAGUUUCAAAUUGAUCCGUAUACUAAAACACUUGGUGAUCCUUCCAGAAGACCGGAAAUACAAAAUGCCACUAUUGAAUACAUAGCUUCACAAGAUUACAUGGUUAGACCUCCACAACCAGCUUUGUAUCUAUUCCUUUUAGAUGUAUCACGAACUGCGACUUUGACUGGAUAUUUAGAAAUAGUUUGUGAUCGAAUUUUGAAUAAAAUUAUGGCAGAUGACAUACCUGGUGAUUCCCGAACAAACAUAGGUUUCAUCACAUAUGAUUCGUCUGUUCAUUUUUAUCAAAUAGCAAAUAGUGAUGGAGGACAGCCAAAACAGCUUAUUGUUAGCGAUAUAUCUGAUAUAUUUUUACCAUUGCCUGAUGGUCUCAUGGUGAAUUUAGAAGAAAAUAAGAUUGCUAUAAAAGAUUUGUUGACUAGUUUACCAAAUAAUUAUAGAGAGUCUUACAACACCGGUUGUGCCUUAGGAGCUGCGCUUCAAGCAGCUUUUAAAAUAUUAGCUCCCCGCGGAGGUCGUGUUACAGUAUUCCAAGCUAGUUUACCAAAUUGUGGGCCUGGUAGUUUAGAACCAAGAGACGAUGGAAAUCCCCACACUGGUGACCGUGUUCAGCAUAUGGCUCCAUCUACUGAUUUCUAUAAAAAACUAGCACUUGAAUGUAGUGGUGAACAGAUUGCUGUUGAUAUGUUUUUUGUAUCUUCACAAUAUUUAGAUAUUGCCACUAUUUCUGGAAUAUCAAAAUAUUCAUCUGGAUGCAUACAUAAUUUCCCUCAAUUUAAUGUUAAAUCUCCAACUAUAGUAACACGCUUUAUAAAUUGUUUUGAUCGAUAUCUAUCUCGUAAAAUUGGUUUUGAAGCUCUUUUGAGAUUACGUUGUACACGAGGUGUGGCAAUACACUCUUUCCAUGGAAAUUUCUUUGUUCGCUCUUCUGAUCUGCUUAUGUUGCCCAAUGUUAAUCCUGACAAUGCAUAUGGUAUGCAGUUAUCUAUUGAAGACAGUUUGGAUGGUGUUUCUGUUGUUUGUUUCCAGGCUGCAUUACUUUACACUUCUAGCAAUGCGGAACGUCGUAUUAGAGUUCAUACACUGUGCAUACCAGUUACUGAAAAUUUAGAUGAUGUUUUUCAUAAUGCUGAUCAACAAGCAAUAACAUGUUUGAUAGCUAAAAUGGCUGUUGACCGAAGUACAGAAAAAUCAUUAUCUGAUGCACGUGAAGCCUUUUUCAAUGCUAUCUCAGAUUCUCUCUCUGCAUACAAACUUGGUUGCUCAUCCUACAGUGGCCCUGGAAUAAUGCUGUCACCAUUAUCAUUAAAAGUAUUUCCAUUGUAUAUUCUAGCUACAUUAAAACAUUCGGCAUUUAGAACUAAUCAAUCUACUCGACUUGAUGAAAGAAUGUUUAGUAUGUGUCAAAUGAAAAGUUUACCAUUAAAUAAUCUUAUUCAAUACAUAUAUCCAGAUUUAUAUCCUGUCUAUGCUUUAGAAGAACAGCCAAAAAUAGAUUAUGAAAAGCUGACAGAAAUUCCUCUUCCACCAGUUAUACAAUUGUCUGCAGAACGUAUUGAAUCCAAUGGUGUCUAUUUAAUGGACGACAGUGAAACAUUAACAAUAUUUAUCGGCCAUAGAUGUUCUGAUCAACUUAUACAGCAGUUAUUUGGUUAUGUGAAUGUUAAUUCAAUGCCAGAACUUAUCACUACACUCGCAGAAGUGGACUCCAAACCAUCAUAUUUGUUACGUAGUUUUAUUUCAUAUCUUCAACACUUUAAGCCAUAUCCAUUGCCAAUAGAAAUAAUAAAAGACAAUGGACCACAUAAAUUACGUUUUUACAGUCGGCUUGUCGAAGAUAAAUUUGAAUCUUCGUUAUCUUAUUAUGAAUUUUUACAACGGCUUAGUCAACAAGUUCGAUAAUGGAGUAUUUUUAAAAAUAAUUGAAAUAAAAUAUCUAUGCUUAAUAUACACCUACUAAAUGUUUUUUUAUUCUCUAAUCAAUAUUUAUUUGAAGAG